AUGUCCCAGCUGAGCGCCAGCGGGAAACUCAAUUUCACAGCGGACGAUGGCCCGAGCCAGGCUUGGCUUGCCUUUGGAACAACCCCAGGCCCAGGAAGCAACUGGCGGGAUGCUCCAUUUAACCCACCCGAAAAGCCAGCCAACGAUAGGCUUGGCAAGUCGAGUGAUACGACUGGACGCGGACGACGCUGCUUUUCCAUGUACUUGCAAAGUGGGUACAAAUAA